AAAGAAGUUUUAUUGCUGAUGCAAGCACUAAACACCCUUUCAACCCCAGAGGAGAAGCUGGCAGCUCUUUGUAAGAAAUAUGCUGAUCUCCUGGAGGAGAGCAGAAAUGUUCAGAAACAAAUGAAGAUUAUGCAGAAGAAGCAAGCCCAGAUCGUGAAAGAGAAAGUUCACCUGCAGAGUGAACACAGCAAGGCCAUCUUGGCAAGAAGCAAACUGGAGUCUCUUUGCAGGGAACUUCAGCGUCACAAUAAGACCUUAAAGGAGGAAAAUAUGCAGCAGGCAAGAGAGGAAGAAGAGCGACGUAAAGAAGCAACAGCACAUUUCCAGAUUACUCUAAAUGAAAUACAAGCCCAGCUAGAACAGCAUGACAUACAUAAUGCCAAACUCCGACAGGAGAACAUCGAACUGGGAGAGAAGCUGAAGAAGCUCAUUGAGCAGUAUGCAGUGAGGGAAGAGCACAUUGAUAAAGUAUUCAAACACAAGGAAUUGCAACAACAGCUUGUGGAUGCGAAACUUCAGCAAACGACACAGCUGAUAAAAGGAGCUGAUGAAAAACAUCAAAGAGAAAGAGAGUUUUUACUAAAAGAAGCAACAGAAUCCAGGCACAAAUAUGAACAAAUGAAACAGCAAGAAGUACAACUAAAACAGCAGCUUUCUCUUUAUAUGGAUAAAUUUGAAGAAUUCCAGACUACUAUGGCAAAAAGCAAUGAACUUUUUACAACCUUCAGGCAGGAAAUGGAAAAGAUGACAAAGAAGAUUAAAAAACUGGAAAAAGAGACAAUGGUAUGGCGCACCAAAUGGGAAAACAAUAAUAAAGCACUUCUCCAGAUGGCUGAAGAGGUAAGAUGGUUCCCUGAGAUUAGGAUGUGUCAUUAGUUAUGCGCAGGGUACGAUAGUUACUGAGUAGACUGAUGAUGCCUUUCCUCGUAGAUGGAUAGUGGUAGAGUCCUGAAUGAAGGAUCAAACAUUUUAUUUAUUGCCCAGUUAAUACAAGCAUCCUCUUGAGACAAUGUUUUCUCAAACUUGAAUUUAUAAUAAUUCUUGCUAUAAAAUGCCAGGAUUACUAGGUCCCAGCCAAAGGUGCUGACUGUCUAAGUUAGGUCAAGCACUUGCAAGAAUGGCUAAAAGAUGGCUGGGCUUGGCGGUGUACACCUUACCAGCACUCAGGAGUCAGAGACAGGAGGAUUUCUAUGAGUUUGAGGCCAGUCAAAGCUACAUGGUGAGACCUUAUCUUGAGAGACUAAAACAAAAUCAACUGAGAGGUGCUGAUGCAUUGUCCAGGCCUAGGGAAGCUCAUUCGUUGGACUUCCUAGUAUGACUACCAGCAAACACCCCGAAUGCCU